CUUCACAGAGAGAGAGAGAGAGAGACUACAUUUGACCAGACAGACACAGGUAGAUUCUACAGGUAGACAGGUAGACUACACUCGACCAGACAGACACAGGUAGACUCUACAGGUAGACAGGACUACACUCAACCAGACAGACACACAGGAGACAUGAUGCUGCUACGAGUCACUACUCUGCUCCUAUUGGCUGGUGGGCUUUGGGACUCUGCAACAGCUGCUACAGGGUCAGACGGGGCCAUUGACUGUUGCCUGACGACAAGUUCCGCUCGCAUCCCUCCUAACAUUGUGAAGUCCUACGAAGUCCAGACCACUGACGGAGGAUGCAAAGUCGACGCAACGCUGUUCACCACAAAAAGAAACAAGAAACUGUGUGCCCCACCUGCCUCCCAAGAGAAGUGGGUGCGAGACAUCCUCAAGCGUCUUAACAAGGAAUCAUCACCGCGUGUGGGAAAAGGCUGCAGAAAAGGAAAGAACCAGAAGCAGGGAAGAAGAUGCAGAAACAGGCAGUAACUCCUGCACUGACCACUCCUGAAGCGCCUGGGUGUGUGUGUGUGAGCAGAUCCAUUUGUGUGUGACUGUGUGAGAAUGUGCCUUGUGUGUGAA